CUUCAUCGAGAAUAGCCUCUCCCAGACGCUCGAGGUUGAGGGAAGCUCAUAAUCGACUCGGUGAGCUCGAGCGGAUGAGCACAUCCCCUAGGGAAGAGUUUUCGAAAGUUGCCGCCCGAUCUCUCCGGAGCGCGCCAUCCAGGAGGCGCCAAGGGCUGCUUCGUUCUACCGCGAAACUCAUCAGGGACGAGCUGCGGUGAUUCGGACGGAAUCUCUGACCAAUCUGAUCGGUUCGCCGAGCUUGAAUUCCGAGGAUUCCUCGAAGACCGCGGAGCGACAUCGAUUCCGGCUCGAAGCUUGCUCAGCUAUGACUGCCCCAGACGAGACUGUCGUUGAGAAGGUGAAAGAAAUCAAAGACCUGUGCAAUGUUGCAUCCAUCGCCGCAGAAUUGAAUAUCAGUGUGACCACAGUGAAACGAUCUUUCCCUCGGAUCGCCGUUCUCUCGGUGACAAGCGGUGAGAUCGAUGGAAAUUUCGAGCUUCACCUGCAUGAGUCGAAAUCGUCCGAAGACCAGAAACAGCUGAUUCCACCCAGCGCUUCGAUCUGGUCUUCUCAUGGCUAUCAAAAACUUCCCGAGGGGAAUCUCUCAAUCAGCGAGCGAAACUCCCGAUACCUGUCCCUGCUACAGAAUCGACCUCGCUCGGUCAUCAAGUCAGAAGCAGUUCCGAGGAAACUCGGGCAGAGCUGCGGCUUGAGCGAGUUAAAGGCCGAGAAGAAAGCUACCACCACUGAGUUCUUCAGCAGCAAAACUGCGCAGAACAACACGACGGCUCCCAAGAAAUCCCCAACGGAGAAAAAAACACUCACGAGUAUGUUCCAGAAGAAACCAAAGGCCGAAGAGCCGAAAGGGAAAUCCAACGGAAAUGACAAGGAACUUAUCAAAAAGGAAGCUCCUCCUGCUGCUGAUUCACCCGAAGCAGGGAAGAAAGCUCCUGGCAAGAAGGAUGGGGAGAUAACGGGAGCAAGGGCUGAGCAGAAGAAGGAUUCAGGGAAUGUGAAAGCCGAGCCGAAGAAAUCUCCGAAAGCCGAAUCGGCGGUACAGAAGAAGGCAGUGAGAGAUGGGUCUGCCGUGGACAAAAAGUCGAACAAAGUGGUCUCGACGGCAGAGACCGGAAUCGACCGAACAGAGCGAUCUGCCUCGGGUAAGGGAGAAGCUUCAAAAAGUCAACGCUUGUCCACCGAAAAUAAACGCAAGCGAGACGAGGGUAGCAGCGAUGAGGAAUCGAUCAAGAAACCGUCUCGCAGUAAAGCGAAGAAGUUGAAACGUGUCGCUAUUCUGGACAGUGACAGUGAAGCUAGCGGAGGCGAUGGAAACAAAUCUGAGACAAACGCGCCCGAGGACGGGACAGACGACCGAAUGGAUACACAGACGUCCGGGAGCCCGGAAAGAACCGCGAAGAAAACGAAGAAAAAAAACCUCAAGCCGAGCCGAGAUCGCAAAUCGGACGCGGAAGCUAGCAAGCAGAUCGAUCCGAAACCAUCCUCGAAGGUGAGGACUUCAAAGAAUGAAGCGGAAAAGCACGCAGUAUCCGGCAAAGAUUCACCGUCCGACUCCGAGACGAAAUCGAACGCCCAGAACCAUAAGCCUAACGGUCAAGAAGAGCAUAAAAAACGGAGGCGUCGAGUACUCAAGGAGGUAACGCAUACCUUCGAGAGUGAAGAUGGUUUCCUCGAAACCAAGACCGUCAAGGAAAUGGUUAGCGAAACAGACAGCGAACCAGAGAGUGAACCUCCAGUCAAGAAUAAAUCUACGGCCAAACCAGCGUCUGUAGCCCUGACACCCGCGCGGGGGCAGGCGUCGCUUCUGUCUUUUUUCAAAAAGCAAUGAUCGGAGAUGUCCAGAGGCAGCUGCAUAUCUUCAAUCGAUUAUUAGUGUGUUUCUAUUUAUCGAGUGUUUGUGAAAGCGGAAUCGAAGACUUGAGACACGAACAUGACAAAAAUCUCGACGGUGGUACGAGUUCCGCGGGCUGUACAUGUAGCUGCUUGGUAGACUUGAUGUUGUCCCGAUAAAACGUAUU